AUGUCUCAACGCUCGAAGAAAGCCACCGUCAAGGCAACAUCCACCUCGGGUGCACAGUCGGUGUCCUCGUCCGCAUCCACCGUAUCGGAAAGCUCAGAAACGGCACUCAGUCCGUCCCGUCACAGUCGGCUGCAGGAGAAAAAUAACCUAAUGAACCUGAACGAUCGGCUGGUGUGCUACAUAGAACGUGUUCGCUUUUUGGAACAAGAAAACUCGCGCGUUUCGCUGGAGCUGUCCGCCUGUCAGGACGCAGGCCAGCGGGAGAUCGCGAACCUGAAAUCAAUUUACGAGGGGGAACUGGCCGACGCACGAAAACUGCUCGAUGAGACGGCACGGGAAAAGGCGAAGGUGGAAAUCGAUGUCAAACGGUACUGGGAGGAAAACGAUAUGCUGCGAAUGAAACUGAACAAAAAGACUAAGGAGUUGACGGAGGUGGAAAAAGAUGCUCGUGCCAAUGAAUCCCGGGUCAUCGAACUGACAGCGAACUACAAUAGUGCCUGUUUGGAGCGUAAAAAAUUGCAGGAUGAACUCCGGGAGUCCGAAAUUGAGGCAGCUAAACUGAGGAAAACAUUUGAAACAAUGCGAAAGGAUUUGGAACAUGAAACAUUGCUGCGAGUGGAUCUGGAGAAUAACGUUCAGAGCUUGAGGGAAGAAUUGACCUUUAAAGACCAAAUCCACAGUCAAGAGCUGAGCGAAAGCAAAAUGAGAAAGCAAAGUGAGCUGACGGAAAUGGAUGGACUGCUAAUGGAACAGUAUGAAACAAAAUUGCAGCAGACACUGGCGGAACUUCGGGAACAGUACGACUCACAGCUGCGCAUAAAUCGGGAUGAAAUUUCCGAUCUGUACGACGCUCGUGUGCAAAGUCUAGAAACUCGUCUCAACGCGGAACGCGCUGAGUACGAAAAUGACCGGUUAAAACUCGAAAAGGAAAUCAACCGGCUGCGCGAUGAAAUGUCUUUCCAGCUGAAGGAAUAUCAAGAUCUUAUGGAUAUCAAAAUAUCACUGGAUAUGGAAAUAGCGGCUUACGAUAAGCUGCUCGCAUCGGAGGAAACUCGCUUGAACAUCACACCGAACCUGACCGGCACGACGUCCAAUCCUGGCAGCUUCAGCACAUCCUCGCGAUUGUUCCGAACGCCCUCGCAGAAGCGCAAAAGAAAUGCCAUGGAUGAUUCGUUGGACUACUCGAUCACUUCUUCCGCCAAGGGUGAUCUUGAAUUAGUUGAAUGUGAUCCAGAUGGAACGUUCGUGAAAAUUCACAACAAAUCAGACAAAACACGCAACCUGGAUGGUUGGCAGGUCAUCCGCAGGACAGAGAACACUGAAGUGGUUUACAAGUUCCCGAAAUCCACCAAAAUUGCGGGCAACACUAGCAUUAGUAUCCUGUCGGCAUCCAGCGGUCAGAAGAACAAUUCUCCCGCGGUUCUCGUUAUGAAGGGUCAAUCUUGGGCUAGCGGGGAUAGCAUGAUCACCGUGCUGAUCAACACCGAUGGGGAAGAAGUAGCCUAUGCUGAGCGAAUAAAAAUGAAAUCAAUCAACCAUUCCGGCCCGAGAGAUAAGUACUUUCUCGAGGAAGGUGGAGCCCGACUGGGCGUGACUCCACCGAACGCAAAACCCGCGAAAGGGGAUAAGAACGAUGAACAGUGUGCGGUGAUGUGA